AUGUCAGGAAGUAUAGCGCCACCAAUGUCUGGCAGCACUUUCCUGUUAGCCAACCUUGAUUAUCCAAAACAAAAGGUCGUAUCGCCAACCUAUGUAGCAGAUAUAUUUGACAAGGCUAUACUUUCAAUGGAUCGGAUCAUAUUUACACACUCAAUAAUCGAUAAACCACAAGAGGGUCAACUUUAUCUUAUCUCCUUACCUCCAACCACCGAAGUCUCUUCUGACGGAUAUCAUUAUUUGGAUGCGGAAAUAACACUUAAGUCAAAUUUGCCGGAUGGAAGGGAAUUACUAUGCUCUGAGCGAAAACAAGGAUUCGCGCCCGGAGAUCCUAUAACAAGCAAAGUACGUAGAAGGUAUAGAUUUGCUACCGGCCAUUCUGAUCUUCAAUUGCUACAUUAUUCUUCUCUGGAUGAAAAUCAAAGGCAGAGAGUGAAUCCUGCAUAUAUGGCACCUAGAAGGUAUCCUAUUCCACCCAUGCCGGCAAGUAUCGGACCUUACGCAAGACCUCUGACUGGUAUGUCGCAAAUUCCAUCACCUAUGCAUAAACCUGUCCAAUCUUCACCGGCCCAGAGAGGUCCUAUUGCAACCGCACCUACCAUACCAAUGGUCAAUCCGUACGUACAGUUUCAGGCCCGUGCCGGGGGUGGAAUAAAUCAACGUAUGAACCCGCAGGGACAUCUUACUCAUACUCCUGCAAAAUCUAACAGAAGAGCAAAAGGUGCAAAGAACAAAUCAGCAAUGGCAGCCGCCGCAGCUGUAGCCGUAGAGGAGACUGAUGAACCAUCUGGAGAUGAGCUUGAUAACUUGAAAUUAAGAGAAGUUUCCAUGUCGAGAUUUAAAAGGAAUCAUGAAUAUCUUUCCGAAAUAUUUUCCGCGUAUAGUAUUAGUAACAUAAUACCUCCUGAAUCGCCUUACCAAUCCCUCAAUGUAGAAGAAUUGAAGCAACGAUUGGCUGAUGGCGAAGCCGAAAUAGAGAAGAUGAAAAGUGAAAAUGCUGAGAAGAUGAGAAAAUUCAGUAUAGAAUCAAACAUCCUAUCCAAGAGUAUACAAGAGAUCAAAAAAUGUACCUCUUUAGAGGAACUUACGAAAAUACAAGAACGAACAGAGAAGGAGUUAGGUAUCGUGAUUGAACCCUAUAAUCCUGUAACAAUAGUAAAAAUGCGUGAUACCCCUGAUUCAGAAGCGGAGGAUGAUGAUGAACAAAGAGGAAUGAUGCAGGAUAAUGGAGUAGAUGAAGAGAUAGAUGGAGAAUUGGAGAUGGAUGUCCCAUUGUUAGAUGCUGUUCAUGAGGAAGAGUUAGUGGGGAUAGGACAAGGACUUUCAACUUAUAAUAUUGAAGAAUCAUUGGUAACCGGAAACGAAAUAGAUGGUACAAGUGGAAUUGUUGAAGGUGAAUUACAAGGAUAUUUAAAUCCAGUGGAGGUAGUAG